ACGCUUUAAAACAUUUAUCAUAUGAAUUUCGCCGAGGUUACGUUUUUUGACCAAUCAUCGUACUCCCUUUAAUGGACUUGCGCGUUUUAAAUUGGACAAUUCGCACGACGACAAUGACGACGACGAUAAUACAAUGAGAUUUAAAAUAUCUGCUCAAAGUAGUAAUGGUCACAAAAAUUUAGUUACAUGUGUAGCUUGGAGUUCAGCAGAGGAAAUAUUUUCCUGCGGAGAGGAUCAUUUACUAAUAUGCUGGUAUUUAGAAAGUGGAAAUGCACAUUCAACUGUUAUCACAGAAUUUCCAUCGGAUUUCUUUCCUACUUCAAUGCAAUGGCAUCCACGUCCUAAUCAUUUAAUAACAGCCAGUAAAAAGCAAUCGUUAGAUAUACUUUUGAUCACUACAGCAGACGGAAGAUUUCAUUUAGUUAAUAAAAAUGGUCGUAUUGAAAAAAGUAUCGAAGCUCAUAAAGGUGCUGCUACAAUUGGCAAAUGGAGUACAGAUGGUUCAGUAUUGCUUACAGCUGGAGAGGAUGGUCUAAUAAAAGUUUGGUCACGUAGCGGUAUGCUUCGUUCUGUAAUAGUCAGAGGCAAUACAUCUAUUUUAACAUCAGACUGGAGUCCAGACUGUUCUAAAAUAUUAUAUUCACAGGGAGGAUAUUUAUUUUUCCAAUCGCUCAAUUCCAAUUCUAAACCUUAUAAGUGGCAUGCUCAUGAAGGCCUUGUCUUGACUGUUUGCUGGAAUCAUAAUCAUGGAUUCAUUAUUUCUGGUGGAGAAGAUUGUCGAUAUAAAGUUUGGGAUUAUAAUGGUAGUCUAAUUUAUAAUAGUAGUCCUGGUGAUCAUCCUAUUACAGCAGUUAGUUGGUGCAACUCGGGCGAUUAUUUUGCUAUUGGAUCUUUUAACAUAAUUAAACUUUGUGAUAAAACUGGGUGGUCUCAUUCUUUAGAAAAAAUUAAUGCUGGGAGUGUAUACAGUAUAGCAUGGUCUAGCGACAGUACUCAGGUAGCUAUAACUUGUGGAAAUAAUGUUUUAACUGGCCAUGUUAUAGGCAAAAGACUCGAAUGGAAUAAUUAUGAAGCUACCUUAAUUAAAAGGAAAGUAUUAGAAAUUAGAGAAGUUGGUAAUGAAGUUCAUGAAAUUAUAGAAAUAUCAGAUCGUGUAGUUCUAUUGGCAUUUGGUUUUGAUCAUUUAAUUGUGAUUACUCCAGGUCAAUGUCACAUUUAUUCUGUUACAAAUUGGAAUACACCUGCAAUAUUUGACUUAAAAAGUAGCUCUGUAUCAGCAGUCAUUCUUGCAAAUAAACAUUUUUUAUUAGUGGAAUGGAACUCUAUAACGUUGUACAAUUAUCAAGGUCGUUUAUUAGGUGUCCCUAAAUGGAAGGGUAUGACACAAGAACCUCUUUAUCCACCUUGUAUAUCUUUAUGCUUUGAUACUCUUGUUGUUAGAGAUCAGAAAAAUGAAAAAUUACUACAUGUUUUAGAAAUAUCAUAUAACAAGCCAAUUGUUGAAAGUCAAUCGCAUUCUCAUCCUCAGAAUAUUACUCAAUUGGCAUUAAACCAUAUUGGAAAUACCAGUGAUCGACAAUUAGCACUUAUUGAUAUUACUAAAGAUUUAUAUUUAAUUUCCAUAAGAGCAACAGGUUAUGGGCGUGCAUGUAAAAUAGCUGCUAUGGCACAAAAUGUUAUAUGGGCUAUCGAUGCAAAUGUAUUAGCAGCAAUGUUAGAUGCUACUUUAUCUGUAUGGUUGUGUCCUAAUUGUGUACAUUAUAGUGAUCGCAAAAUUAUACGACGUACUAGGAUCGAUAAAGAGAGCAGUGAAUUUGGUAAACAACCAACUAUUGUCAGCGUUUACAAUGGUAUGGUCAAUGUAAGGCGUGGAGAUGGUGCUUUAGUUUCAUCCCAAUUUUAUACUUUUUUCACUAGCUUGCACCAGCUUAUAUUACAGAAAAAAUGGAAAGAAUCUCUUUCACUCUGUCGCAUUGCUCAGAAUGAGAUAUUAUGGACGUGCAUGGCUAUUAUGGCAACAGAUAAUAAAGAAUUGAACGUUGCAGAAGAAGCAUAUGCAGCUAUUAAAAGAUAUGAUAAAGUUGAUUAUAUUCGACAUAUCAAGAAUUUACCUAAGAUAACAGAAAGAUAUGCAGAAAUGGCAUUAUUAUCUGGUGAUUUGUUAGCAGCCGAAGGUAUACUUUUACAAAAUGGAUUAAUUGAAGAAGCCAUUACAUUAAACAUAAAAGUUUACAAUUGGAAUAGAGCACUUGAACUUGCUAUAAGGCAUAAGAAACAAAUGGAUGAAGUUUUAAAUGCAAGAAGAGAUUAUUUAAAAACAUUAAAAAAGGAAGAAACAAAUUCAAGUUAUUUAGCUGCAAUGAAUAAUAUAUCUUCAUCUUUGAUACAACAGGUUGUUAUUGAUACUAAAGCAUCAUCGUCAAUAGAGUGAAAUUAUUUGAUGAUAUUAUUAAAAUAUGUAAUAAAAUAGAAAUGUUUUAAAAAUUUCUAUCGUCAUUCUUAUAAAUUAAUUUUCCAAUAAAUCACUAUAUAUCGAUAUUAAAUCAUUACAACUGUAAUUACAUUUGAUUUUAUCUACAUUGAAUUGUAUAUUUCGGGAUAGAAGAUGCGCAAGCGUUUGUGUAUAUGUAUGUAUGUGUAUUAGUGAAAUGAUUGCGACAGGUGGUCGCAUCCGGUAUAGACGCUACAGUGGUAAAGAAUUUUCUGUCUACGUAUUAAAUCUAUAACGACGAAGAGUGCAUCAAAGUUAUACGGAACAUUUUCCAAAGGUCAAUGAACCUUAAAUGACGAUAUUUUAAUCGAUAUUCACUAACUAUAAUUAAAA